AUUUCCAGUGAGCCCUCCUAGAGCUUGUCCUGUCCGUCUGCGAGGGGGGACUUCCUCCCUCCCCUCUCCCACCUCCGUCUCUCCUUCUUUCCCCGCAAGCUUAAACCAAUUACGCCGCUUUGCAAAUAAAGUGCCGCCCCGAGGGGAGCCGCAGGCGAGGGGAGCUGCCUCGCUGGCAGGUGCAUCUCCGGCUUUGUAGGUGCGAACGCCUUUGUGAGGCGGACAAAUGGGGAGAGGAGGAGGAGGGUACUUUGUGCGACGUAAGAUCCACAUCAGCUCAACUCCACUCACAUCCCAGCCGGCACUUCCUCACUUUCUCGACUGUCUCGCCCCGCACCGCUCCCUGCCUCCUUUUUGACUUCAUUAUAGAGGAGAUUUCGGCACUCCCGCCCCUCCUGGGAGCUGGCUUCCUGCUAGGUCGGCCUCCUGGGCUCUUUUCCUGCCACCCGUCGCUCGCUUGCAAGAGGGCUGGAUGGUUACACCGGGCAGGUUGGUUCCAUAAUGUUAGGGACUGUGAAAAUGGAAGGGCAUGAGACCAGCGACUGGAACAGCUACUACGCCGACACGCAGGAGGCCUAUUCCUCGGUGCCUGUGAGCAACAUGAACUCGGGGCUGGGCUCCAUGAACACCAUGAACACCUACAUGAGCAUGAACACCAUGACGACCAGCGGCAACAUGACCUCCGGCUCCUUCAACAUGUCCUACGCCAACACGGGGCUGGGAGCCGGGCUGAGCCCCGGAGCGGUCGCCGCCAUGCCGGCGGGCUCUGCGGGCGCAGUGAACGGGAUGACGGCCGGCGUGGCGGCCAUGGGCGCGGCGCUGAGCCCCGGAGGGCUGGGUGCCAUGUCGGGGCAGCCGGCCGCCAUGAACGGACUGGGCCCCUACGGCGGCAUGAACCCCUGCGUCAGCCCCAUGGCCUACUCGCAGUCCAACCUCGGCCGCACGCGGGACGCCAAGAGCUUCAAGCGGAGCUACCCACACGCCAAGCCGCCCUACUCGUACAUCUCGCUCAUCACCAUGGCCAUCCAGCAGGCGCCCAGCAAGAUGCUGACGCUGAGCGAGAUCUACCAGUGGAUCAUGGACCUCUUCCCCUACUACCGACAGAACCAGCAGCGCUGGCAGAACAGCAUCCGCCACUCGCUCUCCUUCAACGAUUGCUUCGUCAAGGUGGCCCGCUCCCCAGAUAAGCCCGGCAAGGGCUCCUACUGGACCCUGCACCCCGACUCCGGAAACAUGUUCGAGAACGGCUGCUACCUCCGCCGCCAGAAGCGCUUCAAGUGCGAGAAGCCGGCGGGCGGCAAGGCCCCGUCGGAGGGCCGCAAGGACCAGACGUCCGCCUCGGGCUCCGGCUCUCCCCUGCCCCGCGCCCACGGAAAAGCGGCGCAGCCCGACGCCGCCGCCUCCCUGCCCGGCCCCAACCCGGCCGCCAGCCCCCAGCCCAUGGACCACAGCGGCCCGAGCGCCGAACUGAAGCCCUCGGCCCCGGCCGCCGCCUCCUCGCUCGGCUCCGUGCCCGCCCUGGCAUCCGUCCCGCACCCCCCGCACUCCCUGGCCCACGAACCCCAGCUGCACCUCAAAGGGGACCCCCACUACUCUUUCAACCACCCGUUCUCCAUCAACAACCUCAUGUCCUCCUCGGAGCAGCAGCACAAGCUGGACUUCAAAGCCUACGAGCAGGCGCUGCAGUACUCCUCGUACGGGGCCGGCAUCCCCGGCGGGCUGCCCCUGGGCGGUGGCUCCAUGGCGGCCCGCGGCAGCAUCGAGCCCUCGGCGCUGGAGCCCUCCUACUACCAGGGGGUGUACUCCAGACCCGUGCUCAACACCUCGUAGCUCGCUGUCUCGGGGCGCACGCCGUGCACAGGACUGUUACUUCCCGAUGGCCGUGCGCUGUCCCUGUCCC